GGAGGGUCUACACAGAUCGCCGCUGGGUCUGGGUGCCCGGAGGCAGCUGCGCUCGCGGAGCUAGCCCUCUGGCCUCCGACCACCAUGUCGGCCUUCGACACCAACCCCUUUGCGGACCCAAUGGAUGUAAACCCCUUCCAGGAUCCCUCCGUGACCCAGCUGACCAAUGCCGCACAGGGUGGCCUGGCUGAAUUCAACCCCUUCUCAGAGACAAAUGCAACAACGACAGUUCCUGCCACACAGCUACCUGGCCCCUCGCAGCCAGCAGUUCUCCAGCCCUCAGUGGAACCAACUCAGCCAACCCCUCAGCUCCUGCUUAGGCAGGCCAGCAAGUUCCUGCCUGCCCGAUUCCUGGCGGCGGGUGAGCUCUCAGAGAGGCAGAUGCUGCUAGGAGGAGAUAGUUUUCUCAGAGACAGCUACAUGCAAAAGCUUCCGAAGGCUGUGGCGGCUGCAGCCCAGGCAGGACUGCUCCGGCAGCAGGAAGAACUGGACAGGAAAGCUGCUGAGUUGGAACGCAAGGAGCGGGAGCUACAGAAUGCUGCAGCCAACUUGCACGUGAGAGAGAACAACUGGCCGCCCUUGCCCUCAUGGUGCCCUGUCAAGCCCUGCUUUUACCAGGACUUCUCUGCUGAGAUCCCUGCCGACUACCAGCGGAUCUGCAAGAUGCUGUACUAUCUCUGGAUGUUGCAUUCACUGACUCUGUUUCUGAACCUGCUUGCGUGCCUGGCCUGGUUCACAAGUGACGCUUCCAAUGGAACGGCCUUUGGUCUCUCCAUCCUGUGGUUUGUGAUCUUCACCCCCUGUGCCUUCCUUUGUUGGUACCGCCCCAUCUACAAGGCUUUUAGGUCUGACAACUCUUUCAGUUUCUUCGUGUUCUUCUUCAUAUUUUUUUGUCAGAUAGGGGUCUACUUCAUCCAGAUGAUUGGCUUGCCUACCCUGGGGACCAGUGGUUGGCUUGCGGCCCUGUCUGCACUGAAAGAAAAGCCCUUGGCUGUGUCAAUUAUCAUGGUGGUGGUGGCUGGCUUCUUCACCCUCUGUGCUGGGCUCUCACUCUUCCUCCUGCAGCGGGUGCACUCCUUCUACCGCCGGACAGGAGCCAGCUUCCAGCAGGCCCAGGAGGAGUUUUCCCAGGGCAUCUUCAGUAGCAGAACCUUCCGCAAUGCUGCCUCGUCUGCUGCCCGAGGCACCUUCCAGGGGAACUAGUCCUGCUGACUCUCCUUCCCUGUGCCCCAGCCUCUUCUCUCUCCUGCCUUCUGAGCUGCACUUUCCGUGGGUGCCUUAUGCAAUGGUUAUGCCCGGCACAGACCUGGUGGGGGUCUUGUCCUGGCUCUUCCUCCUUCCUCAGCAACCGGCUGUCCCUUCCAUCUGAAGGAAGGGGAGGGAGGGACAGGGAAUUUUUUUUACACAAGAGAAAAGAAAAAAUAACAAAGCUGUCUUUCCUUCUCUGGUGGUAGUUUGCUAGGAUUCUUUUGUCUGGAAGCAGUGGGACUGAAGUUGUGUUUCCCCUUAAUGAAGGAACACACACACACAUACACACACACACGCCUGUGGCCUCCACAGCCCUGCCCUGCCUGCCUAGGCUAGGAUAAGCCUCUCAAGGGCUCCAUUUUAGGUGAGCUGAAGUCUGGGUAGGUGGGCAGUUCUCUUCCCCAGAUUACACUGGGGUGGUCUUCCAGCCUCCAGAGCCUCUGACCUGGUUGCCCCAGCCUUUCCUCUGCCUUUGUUCUUCACAAGUAGGUUCAUAGCCCCUUAGGUCCUUUGUAGCCUCCUGGUGUUGAUAGCACCUGGGGCCCUCCCUGAGCUCUUCUCUUCAGACCUUCUGAAUGUAUAAUGAGGUUGUUUGGGAUUUGGGGAUAGAGAGAAAUAAGGAUAUUGAUCCCAAGUUGUCCUGCUCAGCUUUUGGCUGUCUUCUAGGUGGGUGGGUCUGGCUGUCCAGGUGUCAUUUGGCUCUGUUUGUCUUGAUUUUCUCUUCUCCUGAGACCAGCUGCUCUCUGCCUUAGCCUUCCUUCUUACUUAGCAGUAUCCAGCUUGGACAGUUCUUUGGGAGGGUGGGGGAAUCAGACCAGAACUGUCCUGCAGGCAGGACUGCUGAGCCACCUUUCUGAGGUUUCCUCCUACAGAGUACAAUCUAGGUCCCUUUCCACUCACCUUGAGGGUUUUCCUAGAGGUGUCACUGCAUAGACACCCAGGGGGCCACCAGUGAAGCCUUCACCCUGUCCUGCAGAGCUACAGGAGCUGGUGUGUAGGCUAUGGGAACUUAUCACCAAGUUGGCCAGUCUCCUGCCUCUGGGUCCAUCUGUGGCUAUCAGCUCACAAGGGCCAAGAGCCACAGAAUGACAGUGACAGCAACCAGGGUUUUGUAAAUUUCCUGUUUUUUUUUCCCCUCCAUGUACAAAUGUAUAUGUUGGCCGGGUGCCAGUGGCUCAUUCCUGUAAUCCUAGCUACUCAGGAGGCAGAGAUC